CGUUGCCCCCUCCCCUCUCGUUGACGGGAAGCGCGCGCGAGAGAAAGCGACUUGUUGCAGGCGGUUGGAACCAAAGAUACGAGAGCGAGAGACCCGGCGAAAAGGCCUUAGUACGGCUCGGGGAAAUAUUUAACGCCAUCUUAGUAACCUGCUUCGCGAUUACCGUCAUGGCGUCCACAGGCACAUCUGCAAGCUCAGCUUACUGUUCUGCGAUACAUUGCACAAAUCGCCAAUGUAGACGACCCGACCUGUCUUUCUUCAGGUUCCCCAAUAACAAAGAAAGAUGUCGACAGUGGGUCCAGAAUACUCGUCGACACGAUCUCUUACACCGAACUCCAGUGUACUUGUCAAACAACUGCCGUCUUUGUUCUGAACACUUCGAACUUUACCAGUUUUCCAACAAGCGGACCAAGAACAGGCUAAAUUGGAAUGCAGUUCCAACGCUCUUUGAGAUCCCUAAUCAGCCGAAAUGUCUGCCUACCCAACGCAGAUCACUCAAGAGGAAGAAUGAGUACCUCUCAACUUUACCAAAGCCUUCAAAGCAGCAAAGAGUGUCAGACAACGUACAGGCCGAACAUUCUUACUGCUUUGAUGCAGACCAAAUUCAUGAGAAUGAACCCAGCAGUGUUUCUCCACCUCCUGAUACAGAUGAUCCUCAAUUCCCACCAACUGGAAAUUAUGGCAGAGCUCUGAACAUGGAAACACAGCAUACUUUACACCUCAAAAAAAGAGUUGAACAGUUGAAACAAUCAAUGGAAAAGGUAACUAAAGAAAGUGAAACAAUUAGUGACUUGAUCAGAGGAGCAGGUGAAUUUUUACAAGGACCAGCACUGUCUUUCUUUGCGUCACAAUUGCAGAAUGCGUCAGGACGUAAAAGAGGAAGACGAUGGAGUUAUUCAGACAAGGUAGUUGCCUUGUCCCUCUACCACCAAAGUCCCCGUGCAUACCGGUUCUGCCAGCGCAUUUUCACCCUUCCAUUAAUCACAUUACUGCAUAGAUGGUUGAGUAAUAUCGAAGUGGGUCCUGGGUUUCCCCCUAAGGUCUUUGAACUUUUGAAAGACAGUGUAGCAGAAAUAACAGAGAGGGAUGUUCUGUGUAGUGUCCUUUGCUGAAAUUAGUGUGCGUGCAGGCCUCAUACAAUAUUACAGAAGAUUCAGUGGAGGGGUUUGAGGACUUUGGAUCCCUAGGGACGACGUCACGGCCUGCCAACCAUGCUCUCGUUUUCAUGGUUAGAGGCUUGAUUGGAAAAUGGAAAUAAUCUUUAGGUUACUUUCUGUCGCGAGACACCACAACGGCUGACAAACUGGAACCAUUACUAAAGGGAUGCUUACAAAAGGUGAAGGACACUGGACUACAGCCAAAGGCCGUGGUUUGUGACCAAGGUUCAAGCAAUGUUCGACUCUACACCCUCUUGGGUGUGACAGAAGACAUCCUUUCUUCAUCCACGGGGGAGCCAAGAUCUAUUGUAUGCAUGACCCACCACACUUGUUAAAAAACACUAGGUCAAAUUUGGAAUAGUAUAUAUUUGAAGUCAAGGGAGAGGAUGGCAGUAAGAAACGUAUUAGAUGGGCACAUAUUUGCAACUUUUAUGAACAUGAUUUGCAGUUGCCCAUUAGAAAAGCCCAUAAACUGACCAAAGGCCACUUUGUUCUAAACAGCUUCUCUAAAAUGAGAGUUAACAAGGCAGUGCAGGUGCUCAGCCAUUUGGUAGCAGCGGGCGUCUACACGUAUUCAACUCUUGGAAAGUUGCCUGGGGGGCUGUACAUAGGGGGGAGUUCAUUGAAAUAAUUGAUGGACUGUUUGAUUCAUUUAACAGCAGGAUUUUCAAGGACCCCAAGAAGUUGAGGAAGCCUAUUUCAGAAAUUCUACGCAUAUACGUUGGCGAUGUUACAAAGCUUACCUUCAGCGGCGCUGCAGUUCUGCCACUGGCUGUGUGCUGGAA